AAUCUUCAUCAAUAUAAUUACCCGAAAAAUCGGGUUUAUCCAUACUAGUUAAUUUAUCGUUAUUCCAAGUAAACUCGGUUUCAUAUUUGUUCAUUAAAUCAAGUCACCGCAAACAGAGUUGGUGUUGGACAUUCCAUGUUCGAAAGCAGAUACGGAGCCAGAGCAAAUGUUAAGCAGGCGUGGGUCAUAAGUACCAACAUCUCGAUUACUUCCAAUUCUAUUUUGAAGCUUACAUGAUUUUUAUUUAUGAUAUUUGCCGCUACUACAACAUUAAUUAGCAUUAAAGGCGAAACAUACAAUCCUGAUAACGCGAUACGUACUUUGAGUGAUAGUGAUAACGAUGAAUCCGUUGAAACCGAAUGUGUGUCUAGUAAACUGAACGAAGAAAACGGGAAAAAUACGAACGUAACGAUCCAAAAACCUAAAGAUGUGGUCACAACAGAUAUAAUAGCGAUUCUGAUUGCGAUCAAAAUAUUGAACGUAAACGUCGUAGCAGCCGUAGUAAACAUCGUAGACAGUGUUCUGAAAAAUCGACUCGUAGUAAUCACAGUAGCAGAAGUAGUAGUGAUAGUAAUUGUAGCAAAGGAUAUAGCUGUUGUAUGUUUUCAUUUUACUUUGGAAUGGGAUUGAAUUCAAUGUGUUAUUAGUGCUAAUGAUACUAUUUAAAACGUACACACCUAUAAAAUAAUGAAAACAUGGAGAUAGAUGUUGGAUAAUUUCCAUUAUACUUUAUUCUUUGGAAUGAAAUUGAAGUCAAUGUGUUAUUGGUGCUAAAGAUACUAUUCAAAAUAAACAUAACUAUAAAAUAAUGAAAAUAUGUAAAAGAGUUUUACAGUAUCAGUCCUUACACUUAGAUGAAAGGAAAUAAAAAACUUUUAUGAUAUUAUGAAGAUGAGAAAAACCAUUAAGUUAUACCUUCUUUGUACUAUAAGCUUUAAGUGUUUUUAAAAUUUGUUAAUUACAUAUUCACUUUUAUUUGUUCUACCAAAAAUUAUGAGGACGGAGCUAUUGUAUAUUAUCAUUGAGAAGGAAAGUGAUUGACAUAUAUGAUAUUUUUAUGAAUACAAACAGAUAUAAAAAUUAAAACACUUUUUAUAAUUCUAUUGUUCACAUAUGUUUAUU